AUGCCACUAAUCCUCACAAGGAUUGAGGACCAACGUGCGGCGUCUCCGUACAUUGACUCUCCCGAUGAGCCAUCGUCGUCCCAAAAGUCGAAGAAGAAGAAAGAUUCCAAUAGUAAUGGAAAGCGACCUCCAUCUCCAAGCCUACUUGACACACCAACUAAGAAACCAAAGAAGAUGAAAGCAAACUCGGUAAACGACCUUAUGGAGAUUGGAUCUACAUCGUCCUCGCAAGGCGCAUCCCGCGCGCGUAAAGGAUCUGCCGCAUCUUCUAUUGCGAAUAAUCUUGCGUCACCUUCUCCUUCAAUGUAUUCCUCGCCUGAAUCCGCAGACUCUACGGAUACUGGCGGCUCGUCGCAUACACAGCCCAAACAAGCCGGGCUGCCCAAGCCUGUAAAGGUAAAAUCCAUAUCGGGUGCUACUGUUACCGUUGCGUCUGCCGCUGCAAUUCCUCGUGGCCCACCUGGCUCCUCCAAGGGGCGUAUCAUCGCCGCUGCACGAUUACACGGAGAUGCAGAUGCCAAUAAGGACCCAUGA